CCGGCAUCCCCCCGGCACCCCCAUCCCGUGGCCUGGCACGCCAUGUCCUGGCACUCCCGUACCGCCCUGGAUCAGACACCGGCCCUGCCACCCCAUUGCCUGGCACUCCCCUUCCUCCUGGCACUCCAUCCCCUGGCAUCCCCUCGCUCCCCUGGCAGCCCAUCCCCUGGCAUCCUGACAUCCCAUCCACUGGGAUCCUCCUAUUAACCCGGCACUCCAUCCCCUGGCAUUUCCCGACUCUCCUGGUGCCCCAUCCCCUGGCAUCCUGAAAUCCCAUCUCCUGGCACCCCCCGCACUACUCUGACACCCCAAUCCCGGCAUCCCCCAUGUCCUGGCACCACAUUCCCUGGCAUCCCCGUCCACCCUGGCACUUCAUCCUUCCACCACACUGACACCCCCUCUCCCAGUCCAGGUGCCCCAUCCCCUGGCAUCCCUCCAUUACCAUGGCACCCCAUCCCCCGCUUCCCAGCAUCCCUCCCUGUCCCCCCUGCCCGGUCCCUACAGUCUCUACCCCCUGUCCCUGGGUCAGCUGGGGGUCCCAUGCCUGGGGACACACAGUGGGACACUGACCCCUGCUGUCCCCGUGCCAUCCCCAGGGUGGGGCAGCCAGGACCCCCGAAGCACCCAGGCCACCCCACGAGAGCAGCAGGUGAAGCGUGAGGUGUGCUGGCACCUGCUGGCAUGGGGACACCCUGCAGUAACAAACCAUUAUGGGGGGACCCCAUAAUGACAAAGAGUUAUUGGGACAUCCCAUAGUAACAAAGAAACAUGGGGAGACCCCACAAUAACACACACCAGCAAGGGGAGACCCCACAGUAACAGACUGAGGUGGGGACACCCCACAAUGACACCCUCGAAGGGAAGACCCUACAAUAACAAAAGGGGAGAACCCACAGUAGCAAACCAGUGUGGGGACACCCUGCAGCAGCAUACCCUGAAAGGGAGACCCCACGAUAACAAACUGGCACGGGGAGACCCUACAAUGAUAGACCUGCACCAGGGGACCCUACAACAACAGAGGGGUACCCAGGGAUUCCCUGGAGCAGCUCAGAAAAUCCUCUGGGAAGACUUGUGUGACGUGAUAUAGGGCUGUCACUGGGGAGGCCCUACAGUAACACCAGUGACUCUACACGAACAUCCAGCCCCUGAAAUGUCUGAGAUCCUACAAUAACACCAGGGACCCUACACCAACACAGAGCCCCUGAAGUGCCCCUGACCCUACAAUAACAGCAGUGACCCCACAAUAACACCCAGAUCCUACAGCCCUCACGACCCUACAAUAACACCAGAGAUCCUACAAUAACACAGAGCCCCUGUAGUGCCUGAGAGCCUGCAAUAACACACAGCCACUUUAGUGCCUGAAACCCUACAAUAACACCCAGCCCCCGUAGUGCCCCUGACCCUACAAUAACACCGGCGACCCUACAAUAACACCAGCGACCCUACAAUAACACCCAGCCCCCGUAGUGCCCCUGGCCUUGCAUUAACACAGAGACCCCACAAGAGCACGCAGCCCCCCAGUAACAGCAGUGACCCCACAAUCACCCCGGUGACCCCACAAUAACCCCGGUGUCCCGCAGCCCCACUCGUGCCCUGCAACCCCGCGGAAACCCCGACCGGGAUCUCCGCCCGGGGUCACCGGGAUGUCCCCCUCUCUUCCUGCCCCCUCCUCUGACGUCACGGCGGCGCCGCUGACGUCAGCGCGGCGCAGGGGGGCGGGGCGGGCCCGGGGACCCCAGUAAAGGCUGUGAGCGGCCGCGCUGCCUCUGUCGUGUUCCCUGCGCCACCCCCGGGACCCCCUGUCCCCGUGUCCCCCGCGCUGGGGACACCUCCGUGACGCGCGGGGCGUGGCCGCCGGGGGGGCGUGGCCAUGGGCGUGGCCACCUCGGCGGGUUCCCCGGGGUCCCGAUAAGGCGGUGACACGGGGGCGUGGAGGGGGCGUGGCCGUCCGCGGGGGCGUGGCCAUCGGGGCGGGUCCCCGGGGGUCCCGGCACGGCGCCGUCAUGGCGGGGGUGUUCGACAUCGACCUGGAGACCGAGGAGGGCAGCGACGGGGACGAGCCCGAGCUGGGCGCCGAGAUGGAACUGGAGCCCCGGGGAAACGGCCUGGAGCCGGUGGGACACUAUGAAGAGAUCGAGAUUUCCGAGAGCAGCGUCAACAAUGGCCCCGAGCACAUCGGCCCCCACUGCUUCGAGCUGCUCCGCGUCCUGGGCAAGGGCGGCUACGGCAAGGUGUUCCAGGUGCGCAAAGUGCAGGGCACCAACACGGGCAAGAUCUUCGCCAUGAAGGUCCUGAAGAAGGCCAAGAUCGCCUGCAACGCCAAGGACACGGCGCACACCCGGGCGGAGAGGAACAUCCUGGAGGCCGUCAAGCACCCCUUCAUCGUCGACCUCAUCUACGCCUUCCAGACGGGCGGCAAGCUCUACCUCAUCCUGGAGUGCCUCAGCGGUGGAGAGCUCUUCAUGCAGCUGGAGCGGGAAGGGAUCUUCCUGGAGGACACUGCCUGCUUCUACCUGAGUGAGAUCACGCUGGCACUGGGUCACCUGCAUUCCCAUGGGAUCAUCUACCGGGAUCUCAAGCCAGAGAAUAUCAUGCUCAACAGCCAAGGUCACAUCAAGCUGACGGACUUCGGGCUGUGCAAGGAGUCCAUCCACGACGGAGCCGUCACCCACACCUUCUGCGGCACCAUCGAGUACAUGGCCCCCGAGAUCCUGGUGCGGAGCGGGCACAACCGGGCGGUGGACUGGUGGAGCCUGGGCGCCCUGAUGUACGACAUGCUCACCGGAUCGCCGCCGUUCACCGCCGAGAACCGCAAGAAGACCAUCGACAAGAUCCUCAAGGGGAAGCUGGUGCUGCCGCCCUACCUGACGCCCGACGCUCGUGACCUCCUCAAGAAGUUCCUCAAGCGGAACCCCAGCCAGAGGGUUGGGGGUGGCCCCGGUGACGCGGCCGAUGUGCAGAAACAGCCUUUCUUCCGCCACAUCAACUGGGAGGACCUGCUGGCGCGCAGGCUGGACCCCCCCUUCAAACCCUGCCUGCAGUCGGAGGAGGACGUGAGCCAGUUCGACACCCGCUUCACCCGCCAGACCCCCGUGGACAGCCCCGACGACGCUGCCAUCAGCGAGAGCGCCAACCAGGCCUUCCUGGGCUUCACCUACGUGGCCCCCUCCGUGCUGGAGAGCAUCAAGGAGGGGUUCUCCUUCCAGCCCAAGGUGCGCUCUCCCCGCCGCCUCAACAGCAGCCCCCGCACCCCCGUCAGCCCUGUGAAGUUCUCCCCCUUCGAGGCGUUCAAGCCAGUGGCCCCAGGCGACCCCAUGGAGCUGGGGCCCCCCCAGGCCCCCCCGCCCGAGGGCACGGCCCCCCUGCCCAUCAAACCCUCGGGGGGGGCCAAGAAGCAGAAGGGGGGCCGGGGGCGGGUGCCCAGGUAGGGGUGGGGAG